AUGAUAAAUCUUUAAAAGCCAUUAGUUUUGAUGAUCCACCAGUCUUGCUAUUUGUUAAAAUUUGGAACAUUCCCAUAAGGUUUAUUUCUUUUAAAUUAGGAUUAUUGGUAAUUGUUCGAUUCCUGCUUUAGCAAUAUGAUUAGGCAAAGUUCAUGAAA